GGAGUGGAUAGUGAGGGGUCAGAGAGAUUUGGGAGGCGGGGACAAUCCCUUUUGGGUAAAAAAAAAAGAAAGACAAUCACGUGGAUGAGAUCAAAGGGAUGCCGCUUGGCAGAGAAGGGAGAGAGAGAGGGAGAGAAGAGAGAGGGGAAAUAAGAGAGAAAGAGAAGAUCUCAGAGCCAUGUAAGUGACAAAAGCGGCAAUGGUGAAAUGAUAGGACUGUUCCCGAUGUGAUCCCCCUCUUCCUGCAGCGGGGAUCUGCUCCCAGCGACCAUCCCCAAGAUUCUGGAUUCUGUUUACUCAUUUGCUACAAUCGCCUGGAGAUUCUUUUUUGGAUUUGGGGGGGUGGGUGGCAUUUGCAUUUCUUGCUGGGGUUGUGCCUGCAGGACCAAGAGAGUCCGGAUCUCCUGAGCCAGUGGGUCCUUCAUUGAAUCAGCUUCACCCACCCAGCCCCCUAAGAACUUGGAAAUUAUGUUCCCGUCGGUACUGGAUCCCCAUCCUGCGAGAUGAAGCAGCCAAGGAUCCAGGCAGGAUUGCCCCUGUUUUGGCUAGGGGUCCUGUUGGCUGUGGGUCCCAGGGGGUCCCUAGCCAAGGAGACUGCAUUUGUGGAAGUGGUUCUGUUCGAGUCCAGUCCCAAUGGAGAUUACAAAACCCACACUACAGAGUUACAGGGCAGGUUUUCCCGAGCUGGAGCCACUAUUAGCGCCGAGGGGGAGAUUGUGCAGAUGCAUCCACUGGGAUUGUGCAACAACAACGAUGAGGAAGAUUUGUAUGAAUACGGUUGGGUUGGAGUGGUGAAACUGGAACAGCCGGAGAUGGACCCUAAACCAUGUCUGACUGUUUUGGGAAAGGCAAAAAGGGCAGUGCAGAGAGGAGCCACAGCGGUCAUAUUUGAUGUCUCUGACAACCCUGAUGCAGUUGAACAGCUGAACCAGGGUUUGGAAGACCCUCUAAAGAGGCCGGUCGUAUAUAUGAAGGGCAUGGAUGCCAUUAAGCUCAUGAAUAUUGUAAACAAACAGAAAGGAGCCCGGGCAAGAAUUCAACAUCGACCACCUCGGCAACCAACAGAAUAUUUUGAUAUGGGCAUCUUCUUGGCCUUUUUCGUGGUGGUGUCACUGGUCUGUCUUAUUCUACUAAUCAAGAUUAAAUUAAAACAACGACGAAGCCAGAACUCAAUGAACAGAAUGGCUGUUCAGGCUUUGGAAAAAAUGGAGACCCGGAAGUUCAAGGCCAAAGGCAAAGGGCUUCGGGAGGAAAGUUGUGGGGCCCUUGACACUCUUAGCAGCAGCUCCACCUCUGACUGUGCUAUUUGCCUAGAAAAAUACAUUGACGGAGAGGAAAUAAGAGUCAUUCCCUGCACGCAUCGAUUUCAUAAGAGGUGUGUGGACCCAUGGCUAUUACAGAACCACACGUGUCCACACUGCAGACAUAAUAUUAUUGAGCAGAAAAAAGGAGGUCAUGGUGCAGCAUGUGCAGAAAAUAACACUAGCCGUGGCCGUCAGCAGCAGCAACAGAGAGUUAUCCUACCGGUGCAUUAUCCAGGGCGGGUACAACGGACUGGUCCUAUUGCUGCCUACCCGACUCGCACCAGCAUGGGCCCCCAUGGCAAUCCAAUUACGGUACUCACAGUGGAACGGCCAGUGGAGCCUGAUUUAUAUCAAAGUCACACCCCUGCUUUUCUUGCAGGGUACCGACCUGUAUCACUGGGCCACCCAUCUUCAGGACAUCACUGUGACCUGGAACAUAAUCCUUAUCCAGCAGGGCCAUCUGGUCAUACCUUUCGCCGCUCCAAGUACAAUGGGCGUGGAUUUAACACUGGAACUUGUUAUUCUCAGUACGAAACUAUGUACCAGCAUUACUAUUUCCAGGGCCUGAGCUAUCCACAACAGCAAGAAGCAGCUGGAAACCAGGCCUCCAGAGGAGUUGAAAAAGGCCUCCCCCAUCCUUUUCAACCAGGUACUAAUUUGCUAUACCAGCCUGCACCAACCAUGAUGCACAUGGCACCACCUUCUGCUGGUGGGAGCUGCUACCUCCACAGCCAGCACCAACAUCGCUCAGUUUGCAGUGGGUAUUUAGCUGAUGUUCCUUGUAGUGACACUAGUUCUAGUUCUAGCACCAGUUCAGCUCAAGGACAUGCAUCAUCCAGCGACUCCAUGUUGGACUGCACUGAGGCCAGCAACCAGGGAGUUUACGGCAGCUGCUCCACUUUCCGCAGCUCUCUAAGCAGUGACUUUGACCCCUAUGUAUACAGGAGUCGCAGCCCAGCCAGGACUGGUGGAGGGGAAACUACAGGAAGCAUUGGAGAGGUUGGAGGAGGGCCUGGGAGAGGGAAGAUGGACUGCAGACCUCUCCAGGCCUUCCCCAAUUCCUCCUCUCGGGAUCGGCUAUCCAGCUGCAGCCUGGAGAUGAAUUAUAGCAGCAAUUCAUCACUGGAGCGUCGUGGGGCAGCUUUGUCCACUGGGUUAAUCUCAGAUGGUCAAGUCUCCAUUUCUCAGGGGACUGUAAGGGACUGGCAAGGUCAUGAGAAAAGCUGUGGCUGCUGUUUCCAGAGGCCGGCUGGGGAUCCCAGUUCAGACUGCACAAGCAUGUAUCUGGGUCCAGAACCUUCUCAAGCAGGUGGGAAACCCACCAAUGGAGGCUUGUACAGUGUUUCCUCCAACUUCUUACAUCGGACAGACCAAGGAACAGUUUUAGGUCAUUCUUCCCGGCCCUGCUGCCUCUAUGAGGAAAACCAUGGAAGCUGCUAUACCGAGGACUAUGCGGUCAGCAUCCAAUAUGCCUUGGCAGAGGCUGCUGCUGCAGCAGCUGCAGCUGCAGUGGCUGGAUGUGAGGCCAAUCAGCCUAUCCCCAUCAUUCCCGAGGAUCCGGGCAGUGAGGGGGGCAUGGACUGUGUGGGACAUAUAUCCUGGGCACUGGAGGAUGAAGGAGAAGAUGAGGAGGAAGUUCUUUACUGCCAGGAUGGACAUUGUUGUGUGUUAGAGGAAACACGUGCUCUUUGUCAGAGCACGGGUGAAAAGGAUAUCGGAAAUGUCACAGGUCAGGGCAGCCAACCAGCAGAUAGAGACUGAGCACUAUGGAUGCAAACUUCUAGGUCUUUAAUGAACUUUGGGAAAUCUUGUAUGAACUUGUAUUAAAAGAAAAAUGCAUUUUAAUGAACAAAAAAAAGAAACAAACAAAAAAAAAAAUCUACAUUUUAUUGUAACAUUGGACACACAGUUCAACACAAUCUGGAACCCAAUGCCCAUUACAACCACUUUCACCUGUUCUAUUUCCAGGACUCGACUAUUGGAGAA